AGAGGCCCUGUUGCUCCCCUUGCAGCAAGUAAAACUUGAAGCCUUGUCUGUUCGACAGCCAGGAGCAUUUAGAUGUUCCUGAAGAAAACCCCUGGUGGGACGUGAAUUCGUGGCCAGCCCAGUGCCAGUCCAAUCUCCCCUCGGUGGACGAAGGUUGACGGGAUCACGGACAACUGGCGUCCAGACAACGCUUGAACUAAGCAACUAAGUAAGGCUACUCUGCCAGAAGGGGGUUGAAGGCUACUCUGCAAGAAGGAGGUUGAAGGCUACUCCCCCAGAAGGAGGUUGAAGGCUACUCCGCCAGAAGGAGGUUUCAAGGGGACUCCCCCAGGAGGAGGUUUUAAGGUUACUCCACCUUUAACGAGGGUGCUGUUGGUGUCCAUUGGUGAUUGGGUCCUGAGAAAAGUAAUCAAGAGGAAGUGUUGGUCCUCACCUCGCUGGGAAGGUCGCUACCAAGUCUGCCGACCACUCCCACGGUGAUAAAGAUAGCAGAAUGACCCACAUCGAUACAAUUGCUGUGCGACGUGCCAGUUCCCCAACGGAGAGGACAACAACGAGAUGGUGUUCUGCAACAAGUGCAAUAUCGGCAUCCACCAGGUAUGUUACGGCAUACAAAAACUCCCAAAGAGCAGCUCGUUGUGUCGGAUAUGCACCUUAGGUAUCCUGCCAAAGUGCCAGUUGUGGGUGAUGCGAUGAAGCACACACUCAGUGGAACCAAGUAGGUCCAUGUCAGCUGUGCCUUGUGGAUACCAGAGAUGAGAAAUGGGAACCCGGAGAAGAUGUAGCCCAUCACCAACAUGUCGCACAUUCCCAGCAACAGGUUGGUGCUCAACUCCUGCCUGUGUAAAAAAAAGAUUGGAGCCUGCAUCCAGUGCUUUGCCAAAAAACUGCCGGAUUGCCUUCCACGUGACUUGUGGCCUCUACUCCGGCCUAGAGAUGACCAUCAUCACCCAGGACGACAAAGUCAAGUUGAAGUACUACUGGUCCAAGCACUCUGGCCUUAAGCGGAGUGACUCUGUGGAGCGGGACUCCAUCACUGAAGUUGAAAAUGAGGAAAGCGUCGGGAGCAAGAAGGGCAAAUUGAGAGGAAAGGUUGGAGGGGACAAUAAAGAGGACAUGGCCGCCCUCGGCCUCAUCCCUUUCGCCUCGUCGUCCCCUUCGUCGUUGCAGUCAUCCUUGUAUAUUGUUUGUAAAUGUGACCCGCAGGAAAAACAUGUCAAUGUCCUCAAGAUGAAAUUGCAAGAGAUGGAGGUCUUCUAUCAGUUUGUGGAUGCCGAGGAAGUGGGCUGUCACCUCCAGAUGGCACCUGAGACAGUUGACUUCCUGUACCAGUACUGGAAGCUGAAGCACAAAGCUAACUUCAACCAGCUGCUGCUCAUGACUAAGAAGGACGAGGAGGACACCCUGGCCAGACGUGAACACGAGGUGUUGCUGAAACAACUGCAACUAUUCAUACACCUCCGCCAAGACCUGGAGAGGGUCUGCAACCUGACUUGCAUGGUGAUGAAGAUGAAACGUUCCAUGUGGCAAGUUGAGGAGCAGAUCUUCCAGCACCAAAUCCAGCUCAUAGACCAAGAGCUCCUCAGCAGUAAUCUGUCAAGGCAGGAUCUGCAGAGUCUCUUCUCUUUACACUGACUGAGCUCUCAGUGGUCUCAAACUCAAACUUGGAACACCAGCCCAAACGACGAUCAAAGCAGGACAAGGGGAAAUCGCGUGAAAGGAAAAGAAGCUCAGAAUAAGGACGACACCAGAACCCUUGAGGCCAAACCCAAUGAGUUCAAUGAGUUGGAUGUCGACUUCAGAUGCCCAAACAAUCCUAACGACAACCUUGUGCUUCGCCACAUGAAGUCCCCAACGCAGGAGGUGACCGCUCAAGAAGGAGUUAGUGAGACUGCACUGGAAAACCAUUCGGAUUGAGGCCCUGGUGCCUGAACAGCAGCGAGAGAAACAGCUGUAGUAUGAGGACUGGAUGUGGAAAUGUUGGAUUGAAAUUUUAGAUGUCUCCACCGGAGCCCUGAAGUGCCGCUUUCACUUUAAGGGUCUGGAGAAAACCAUUUCCAUCCAACUGGUAGACAUUAGAUCAUCGGACGCUGGAGAAACCAGAAGAAGCAGGAAAUCGGUUGUGUUGAAGCAAGAGAUCAUGCUAGAUGGGACCACAGUCAGCGCUGCCUUUGAGAACACAAUAGACAUGGGCAUUGUGGGUACCACCAUGGGAAACUUGUGGUACAUAGACUGGGUUAACAAAACAGCAACAUCCGGAUGGUCAGCGGCCACAAAAAAAAAAGGUGAAUGAUUUGGCCUUUCAGACGGAUGAUACCCACUUUUACACCCGCAGUGAAGACAGCAGUCUGAGGGUGUAGUCCAUCCCCAGUAAUGACCUGGUGGUGGAGUUCCAGGUGCUCAACCAGUCAUGCACCUGUUUGUGCUGGAGCCCUUUCCGGAUCUGCAGCGGGAUACAACAACGCCAACCUGCGCGUCUUUCGGCUCGCCACCUCUGAAAUGGAGAGGAAGGUACAUUCCCAUCGCGUUGCUGUCACUGCUGUUCACUACUCUGCCAGCGGUGAUGUCAUCCUCUCUGAUGGGAAAAAAUAGUCUCAUGGCUGUCAGUCGUGCCCUGGAUGGAUCAACCAUCCGCAAUUUCAGGGACCACAAAGCGGUAUAGCCAUCACCACCACCCAGUGUGUUUGGGAACAGUGUAAGGACUUUGGACUGGUUGGGAAUGACCUGUGGUCAGCUGCCAGUGUUGACAAGUGCAUCAUUGUGUGGGCAGCUGAGUGGUUCAAAUGCAAGUGUAGUUUACUGGACUGGCUCACACUUCCUGCGCAACCGUAUUGCCUGCCAUGUUGGGGAAAACUUCAUUAUGUCCUUGGUUGGAGAGGAGUUCCCUAAGAAGAUUCCAUCUCGAGCUGAAGAAAUCACCAUCCCUGCUGACGUCACUCCGGAGAAAGUGCCGACACGCAUCAUGGACUACUCAGAAAAAGAGCAGAAUGAUCAUAAAUAAGUUUUUUUAGAUUGAGACGUGUCAAGUGUUCUACAAGGAGUCUGAAAAACAUACCGGAGCUGUUCUACUACGCACAGAAGGCGGUCCUUCACAACACUGCCCCUUUGUAUGACCCUGAAAACAAACAGCUCCAACCUCAGUCUGUCAAAGUGCUCAGUCGAAUCUUUUACAUCUCCGACCAGAACAACGACCAUGUCCACAGCGACAUUGAGCUCAACUGUUUUCAAAAAUCUUGUUUUGGAAUUCCACUGGUACCAGAGGCCUUAGAAGAUGUAAAGACAUUUUUUUGGGAAAAAUACGAGCAAUGGAGUGCAGGACAAUGGCUUGACUUUAAAUGGACAAGGACUCUGCAUUGCCACCAGCAGAGCUGAAGAAUUUGCUCUGUGCUUGCUCUUACAUGCUGUGUCUACAUGACUGUCCCGACCACCAGCGAAGGUUACAUCUCUAAUCACGGCUUCCACUGCCAGUGGAGGCUGUGUGUUUAUCUCGACAUCAACCGUUGCCUUUCUCCUGCAUGUUUCCCGACUCCAGUACCAAGAACAUCUACACUAGACUUGCUUGGGCUGCUGUGUACCCGCACUUGAUGGGUUCAGUAAUAAGCAACGAUGUUCACCCACUGUUUAUUUUAUUAUUAUUAUUAUUAUUAUUAUUGGUCCUGUACACCUCUGGACCUUGGUAUUUUGUUAUGAUGAAGUUCCUUGUAUCCGUAAUUACUGUUCUGGGUUUGUUCUGCCUUUUGACGAUGUGUAUAAUCCCACAUUUGAAAUCUAUGAUGACUAGAGGAAGGUUAAAUGUUUUUGUGAACUAUGCCCUUCUACAACAAGUAGACCUUGAUUAUCUGCAGCUAUAGCCAAAAGGAAAUUUUUGAUGCCUUUUAUCCGGUCAAGUGUAAAUGAUGAACUUUCUGAAAAUGCAACAGCAUUCUGAUGUCCCCACUCGUAUUUCCAAAAUGAUAAACAGGAGGGAAAUGUUAAAGAAAUCAUUCAUAUGUUCUCAUUUUGUACAUACUGUAGUUGGUUUCCACAUCACCACCUAGCUUCUACCUUAGAACUCAUUGUCUUGAAAACAGAUGUCA